GGCAAACUAUUGCUUGUACUUAAUGGUUUUGCCCACUUUCGCAGACAUGGAGUUCGAAGAAUUCGCCAUGCCCGAAGAUCAGCCCGAGGGAGAGACCGGUGGUUCUCAGGCCGGUACUGCGAAAACCUUCAAGGUCCAACCAGAGACCGUGGAAAUCCACGAUUUGGACGAGCCGGAGGAUGACCGGUCAAAAGGGAAGGGCAAGGAGAAAACCGGCCGGCGGAUAAAAAAGGUGGCCACCACACACCCAUCCUUCGCCAAGAAGAGGCAAAGAGGGGACUCAGAGCCGGCCGGCCAGUCUAUUGAAGAGGCCUUCAUCAACCUGGGCCUUAGGCUGAAGGAGGCGGGGGAGAUCGGACCCCUUUCAGCUGACCGGCUUGGUUUGGGCUCUUCUUCGGAGUUUGCCCGACUGAAGAAAGAGAAGGAGGAGAUGGCUCUCAUCCUAAAGAGCCAAGCUGAUGAGUUGGCCAGGCUAUCCGGGCUGACCGGGUCGAUGAGGGCGGAGAUCUCUCACCUUAAGGAAGAGAAUGGCCAGCUGAUGGACGAGGUGUUUGAAGCCAAGAGGGAGAUGGCGGAGAAGGAAGAAACCUUCCCCGGGCGUGCAGCUGCCUGGGUGGAAGAGAACAAAGCUGAAGCUGCCCGGGUGAUGACGGCGACUCCCGAGACCAUGAUGGAGUCCUUCAGGCUUCUUUACCGGGAGCCUGAAGGAAGGAAGAUGAUUACCGUGAUUGGAUCCUUCGGAUUCAAGAGCGGUCAAAAGAAGGAUAGGAUCGCCUCUCACCGGGCUAAGGGGACAGGACCACGUGCGCCCACGUGGGGGCAUGCUGCUGAUGUGGUGCGAGGUGACUGGUUUCGUCCUCGAGCUGCCUUGUCGCCUCGUGAGGGGGAUUAUUCCCUUUGUCAGCAAAAGGCCAAAUUGAAGUUCAAGUUUGAAAAUAAGGAGGGGUGAGUGAAUUGGGUCGGAGCCCAAGCCAAUUAUCAGCGAGAAUUAUCACCCAAAGUGCUCAAAGAGAAAAGAAAGAAAUCCCUGAGCACCGUGACCAAAUCCAAACGGAAGAGGAGGCAUCAAUUUCUCUUUUGCGUCUCACUCAUCCGCGCCUUCCUCUGUAACGGACCAACUGGAAGAAAAGCUCCUGCUAUAAAUUGAUAGAAGUACCUUAGGGGAACAACGGAGGAGGGAAUUCACACGGAGAAUAAAGCAGCGGCUUGGCCGCUGCUUUGGUGGUCGCCGGCGAUUGUGGCAGGCGGCGCGGCGAACGGCCGGCAGACGCGCAGCAGCUCCAGCUCCGGUGGGCAGCCUCGCUCCAGUUUACUCAAUUUGUUCAUCUUCUUCGUCUAAUGGUAACCCUUAUUUAUCAAUUUUUAUCUUUUUCCUCCAAUUCUAUAUAAAAAGAGUUGGGGUUCUAAGGUAUAUUUCAAAACGAGCCUUUGAAUUGCAUGACUCCGGGCCGUGUGGAGAGUUGACAAUCCUCCAUAUCGUGGUUAAGGAAAUGAAUCGACUCGGCCUUUGAUUGAUUUUUCCUAUUCUUAAGUGCGUAAGUUACGUAAUAUAUUGUCUACGUGCCU